CCCACUCCCAUCGUAGUUUAUGGUCCUCUGUCAGUCCAGUGAGGAGAGAACAAGGACUAACAGCAAUAUGAAGGCCCUUCUGCUUUUAGGGACUUUUCUGUCAGCACUACACCUCAGCAACUCACAAAAACAGGAUUUCUGUAAGCUGCCCAUGGAUCCAGGUGAAGGCUCAACCUUUAAGUUUGCUGUGUAUUACAAUCCUGACAAAGACCAGUGCUCGCCUUUCUUUUACCAAGGCCAGGGAGGAAAUGCCAACCGUUUUCAGAGUGAAAGAGAUUGUAUGAGAAACUGCUCAUACAAUUCAGAAGAAAACUACCCCAUGGAUGAAAGAGAAGCCUGUCGCUUCAAAUAUCAGAAAGGAGGAUGUAGCGGUUUCUACUUGAGAUACUACUAUGACGCCGCUUUUGACAAAUGCAAAAGAUUUAUCUGGACAGGCUGCUUUGGAAACGGAAACAGAUUCUUUGACCAAACCAGCUGCAAUGCCACCUGUGUUGGCAUCCAUGAUGACAGGGAUGAAGAGGAGGAGCACGAGCCAGACACUCCUAUUGCCAUCAUCUGUGGAGUUCUGCUUGCCGUUAUCGUUCUCUCUAUCUUAAUAACUGUGACAGUCCUCACGGUUAAGUCAAAAAAAAAAAAGCAAAAGAAGGGAGGAGGGAAGAACAAGGACCCCAAAAGCGAAGCACCACUUCAGGAAGCUGGGAUGGAAAUGACAUAGAAAAUCUCUAAUCCUGCAAAACAUUUCACUUAGUUUUUUAUUUUUAUUUGGUUGCCAUAAAGAACUAAUUUUUUUGUGUCUUGAAACCAAAUGCCUCAAUUUUACCUCUGAAGACUGCAUUCAAAGUCCCAUUAAAAAGAAAGAAGAAAAGAAGUUGUACUCUAAAUAAGAGCUCUGGUUUUUUUUAUAUUACCUGCAAAUGUUUUUUUGUUUUUGUUUACUUAUUUUCCUCAUCUCACAGAUUCAACCAACAUUUUUAAGUAUAAGUGUGUAAUCAAAGGAAGAAUACAUUUAGUAUGAAAUUUAAACUAUUCAGAAAUCAGCUUUAAAUCAUAAUAAAACAGAAAUCAGAUUUCCAUUAAAUAGAUAAAAAGAUACUUGGUAAUUUUUUUGUUUUUUUUGCCUUAAAUAUUAACUUGUCCUGCCUAGCAGUUGUGAAAAGAAAACAAACAAAAGUAACAUUUACAGAUAUGUAAUAAAAAUCUUACUUGUUUUAAAA